AUGUCGAAGCCAAUUCGAGUCGGCUUCAUCGGCCUCAGCUCACAUGAAAACAUCCAUUUGGCCGGAGCGUGGGGCAAGCAGGGCCACCUGCCAUACUUGGUGCACUCGCCAGACUAUACCAUCACUGCACUGUGCAACUCAUCUCUAGAAUCGGCGAAGAAGGCUGCUGAGCUGCAUGGCCUGGACAUCAGCAAGGUUCGCACAUACGGCGACCCCGAAUCACUGGCCAACGACGACAAUGUCGAUAUGGUCGUCUGUUCCGUCAACGUCAUGCAACAUUACAGGCUCAUCAAGCCUGCCUUGAUCGCCGGUAAGAUGGUCUUCUGUGAAUGGCCAUUGGCCUCGAACCUGAGCCAAAUGCAGGAACUGGCCGACUUGGCGGAGCAGAAGAAGAUCAGAACCAUUGUUGGCUUGCAAGGUCGCACCGGUGCUUAUGUCCAUGCCGUAAGGAAGUUUAUCGGCAAUGCGACAGGUCAAUUGGGAGAUCUUCUCAGUACUUCCAUGAUGAUUUACUCCUUCUUUGGCGGUCUGGUGAUUCCCAAGGAGAUUGCUUACCUGGCGGAUAUCAAAUCUGGAGGGAACAUAUUUACCAUUACAGCCAUCCACAUGAUUGAUACUUUGACCGCCGCACUUGGUGAAAUUGAAACCCACAACAUCCUCCUCAGGAACAAACGCCCCGCCCUCGCCCUGACGGACAACGCUUUCAAUGUCAUCGAGUCAUCGGUCCCCAACAGCGCGCCGGACCACGUUCUCGUCCACGGCACUCUCAUCGGCGACGUCCCAUUCAACUUCCAGGUUCGCGGCGGUCCGCAGUUCAAGGACACUCCGGCUUUCGAUUGGCGCAUCUAUUGCACCAGGGGCGAAAUCCGGGUCAGCGGAAACGAAAUGCUCUGGAUGAGCGGCGCCAUCAAGGUGCAAGUGCAUGAUUUCGUGACCAAUAAAGUCGAGGACGUGGAUUUGGGUCAAGUGUUGGAGGAAAAUGUAAAGGAUGAUGUUGCCUACAAACUGGAAUUGAAAGCUCCGGCGGAUAACGUGGCCAGGCUCUAUGAGGCCUUCGCGAAGGGUAAGACCGAGAAGUACUUGGACUUCGCGCAGAGUUUGAAGUGGGCGAGGUUUAUUCAGGAGGCUUAUACAGCCAAUGGCAUGUGA